AUGCUCGACUCUAUCAAGGGCAAAAGCAAGGCUGCCUAUGCUUCUCUGACGUCAAAAAAGGCACACUUCAACUUCAUAACUGCACACUAUUGCUGGAUCAUUAGCUGUACCAUCAUCGCCUCCAUCAUCCUCUACGGCGCAGGGCAGGGGCAUAUCUCCUACAUCGAUGCCCUGCUAUUCGCCAGCGGCAUCAACACCCAGGCUGGCCUGAACCCCAUCGACGUCAACAAACUCACCACCUUUCAGCAGGUUGUCUUGUACAUAUUUCCCAUGUUGACCAACCCCAUCGCAAUGCACGGCAUGGUCGUUGCUCUCAGGCUGUACUGGUUCGAGAAGCGUUUCCAAGGCAUUACCCGCGAAGCCCGCAGUCGCCGCGCCACAAUGGCCAUGUCCAGGUCAAAGGCCCGAGAAGAUGUCGAGACGGGCACCAGCGGGGUCAAUGGUCGGCACAUCACCAUUGUCGGCCGCCAGGCUCCGCGCAUCGCCAACGACGGCACGGUCUUGCAGAAUUGGCCCGGCGGGCGGCGCCAUGUCCAAAGCAUUUUGGGCAGCAACUAUAACAGUACAGCCGACGAGUGCGCUAUUGAAGACGACGAUGACGACCAUGUUGGUCUUGACCGGGUGCCACCAACUGCCCAUCGCGACUUGCCCACAGAGGGCACCCUGGACGGCCGUGAUGCACAUGCCGAUGAUGGAGAUGGCCACGCUCCAGGCGGCCACCAUCCCUCGGCCAUCACUUUUGCCGAUUCAGCAAAGAGGAGUGACGGUGUCCAGGACAACCCGCUGCACAUCCGUCCGCGCUCCCACACCGAGCACAUUGCCAUUUUGGAAAGUCAGCGCAACCAAGAUGAGGUUCUCCGCAUCCCGGGACCGCGAGAUGCAGAACGAGGGCUUGGACCGCGCACACUCAGACGGGCAGACGGUGAAGCUGACGACGGCCAUGCGCUUGGACAGUCCCGGACCCGCGACUCGCGCUUUGACCAAGGCACGAUUGACUCCAGACACAUCGUCCGUAACCAGACCAUCACCUUUGAGGAGCCGACAGCCCCCAAGGAUCUCACGCCGGAAUCUAGCGAGACAAACGGCUCGACCGACCCGUCCGAGGCCCUCAGGUUCAGAAGAGGCCGCAGGACUAGGAAGGACGACGACGAGGAAGAAGACGGGGAGGACAAUGGCCACGACGAGGACACCAGUGGGGGCCGGGAACGUAAUAACAGACCGCUGCGGCCCCGGCGCCUAUCACGGGCCAUCACCUUCGGAUCCAUCAAGACGGCCAUUACCCGCGACAGGACCGAUCAUACUAAGGACAUGCCGUACCUGAGUUACACGCCUACCAUGGCGCGUAACUCCAACUUCAUCGGCCUGACCCUUGAGCAGCGAGACGAGCUUGGAGGCAUCGAGUACCGGUCUCUGCGCACCCUGGCCUUCAUCUUGCUGGCCUACUUCUGGGGCUUUCAGAUCAUGGCCGUCACCUUUCUUCUCCCGUACAUCCUGCACAAGGAGAAGUACGGCCAUGUCGUCGACGAGGCUGGCGUGUCGCGGACGUGGUGGGCCUUCUGGACCGCCAACGUCUCCUUCAAUGACGUUGGCUUCACCCUGACGCCCGACAGCAUGAUUUCCUUCAACAGCUCGCAGUACAUCCUCAUGAUCAUGUGCUACUUCAUCAUAAUCGGCAACGCUGCGUUCCCCAUCAUGCUGCGCUUCAUCAUCUGGGUCAUGUCCACGCUUGCUCCUCGAGGCUCUGGGCUCUGGGAGGAGCUCAAGUUCCUGCUGGACCACCCGCGUCGCUGCUUCACGCUCCUCUUCCCAUCGGGACCCAACUGGUCGCUGUUUUGGAUCCUGAUCCUCCUCAACGUCAUCGACGUCGUCUUCUUCCUGAUCCUCGAUCUCAACUCGGAAGUCGUCGAACACCUGUCGGGUGGGGCCCGUGUGGUCAAUGGACUUUUCCACGCUGCCGCCACCCGCACCGCAGGUUUCUCGUCCCUCCCCUUUGCCGAUCUGCACCCGGCCAUGCCGGUGCUGUACAUGAUUAUGAUGUACAUCUCCGUCUUCCCCGUUGCCAUCUCGAUCCGCCGGACCAACGUGUAUGAGGAGAAUUCGUUGGGCAUCUACCCCAAGAAGGAAGACGAGGAGGAGGAGGAGGAGGAUGACGACAGCAACGCCUCCAACACCGUCUCGUACGUCAGCCACCAUUUGCGCCGUCAGCUGUCGUUCGACCUAUGGUACGUCUUCCUGGGCUUCUUCCUGCUCGCCAUAUCCGAGGGUUCCAAGCUCAAGGCCAAGGAUUUCGCCAUGUUCGACGUGCUCUUCGAGGUGGUCAGCGCCUACGGCACCGUGGGUAUGAGCAUGGGCGCCACGGGCGUCAACGCCUCUCUGUGCUCCCAGUUCAACACGGUCGGCAAGCUCAUCAUCAUCGCUCUCAUGAUCCGUGGCCGCCACCGUGGUCUCCCCUACGGCCUAGACCGUGCCGUCAUCCUCCCCAGCGAGGCCCACUUCGCCCGCGAGACAGAGCAACCCCCUCCCUCGUUCGCCCGCACCAACACCGGCGCCUCCACGUCUGUUGCCCCCGGUAUACGGCAGCGCCGCGACAGCAGCAUCCAACGGGGCACCGGCCGUCGCGCCCGCAGCCGCAGCUACAGCAUGGACCGCGAGAGGCGCCUCCUCACCGGAUUCCUGCACCCAGGACCGGCCGUGCACCCCAGUGCCAUCCGACCUCCGCACACGCGCAACAAGUCUGGCGGCUCGGACGCCCUGUUCCCCGUGUCGUCGGUCGGGUCGCACAGGGCGCACUCCCUCCAGACAACCGUCCAUGAUGGACACGAUACCGGAGGGGAGGACGAGGCCCGUGGCGAGUCUGCUGAUGGAUUAGCACCCUUGCCAUCCGGUGAAAGAACUCACCAUACUCCACACAGGGCUAACACCACACCCGUGUAG